AUGGCGUCGACUGCAAAGACGAACAACGAGGCUUACUUGUACGACGUGUCGUUUGUCUUCGAGCUGCUGCACAGGAAGAACGAUCUCACCAGCGAAGACUUUGUGAACAAGAAGAUAAGGCAGAUCCUACUUGAGGGAGUGAAACAUGCCUUUGUCCGCAUUCCCGACACGAUUAUUUACAAGAAUGGAUACCCGGCUGCUUGGUACUUCACCAGCGCCGUCGAUGCGCGGCUGAAGAAGAAAAGGACAGAAAACAUCAACAUCGAGACGAUUCUGAGCUGCUUCGACCGGGUGCAGGACGAGUCCAAGAUCUGCGCUUACUUCGUCUCGACCUCUUGGGACGCCCGGGGAAAGCCGACGAACCAUGUGACCUUCCUAGACUCGAAGCAGCUGAGGAGUUUCGUGCUAGCUGAGAAUCCGAUGAGGGAGGGCUUUCUGCAGAAGUACCUUCCUGCCAAGAACGUGCGACACGGGCACCCCAACUUCGAUAGGACGUACCAGUGCGGCUGGACGAGGCAUCACUGCCGUGUGGAGGAGAGGAGGAGCCACGUCAGGCUCGGGCAGAGCACGUUGGUGAAGAAGGCGGACGAACUUUCGUUCGAGGAGGGGAGGAGCGAGGUGAUCAGCUUGCAUCCCUCCAACAAGCUGCACUGCAGGAUUGCUUCGCAGUGUGGAGAGAUUGCCGAUCACAUCGAAAAAGUGACAAAACGUGUCAAAGUUCUUUCGCUCACCGGCUACUUCCGCAUCACAACAAACAAUCAACUUGUCUUCCAGUGGGCCAGCACCAUCAACAUCGCCAACCAGUCGCAUGGAAGGUACGUCGAUUCGCUUCAAACCAUUGCUGGAAGAUUCUCUCCUAUGAUCAGCGUCCCCGCGUUCCUCGGCGCUGACAGGAUGGCCAUCGACGACCAUGAGGACUCGGUGGGGCAGAAGCCGCCGAAAGGGACGCCAUGCCGACUGUGUGAAGUGACAGGAGGGCGAUCCUGCGACUUCGCCGUCACCUAUGAGAUGCUCAUGAACAAGCUGAUGGAGGAGAGGCUGAAGAUGAAGGACCAGGACUCCGAUCCCUCGCACCACCAGGAGGGGGGGGGACAUGCAGGCCCUUCAGACUUCGAGAAAGUCACCCCGAGGACCAAGCGGCGCAUCAUGCAAGACGUUUUCAACGACGCUCUCUCCAUCCAAGACUUCGAGCAGCAAGCAGAGGCUCUUCGCAACUCUCUCGAUGAGAUUUUCCCUCCUCCUCCCGCACCCGACAAGGGCCAGCCAGUCCGACAAGACGGCGAUAUCUCCAUCAAGCUUCAUCCCUCCCCCGUCCACCGUGCUGUGUCCCACAAGAACCUCGUCCAAGAGUCUGACCCUCCCUCUGCUGCCUCUGAGCUCGAGCAGGAUGAGGGUCUAUGCCCACCUAGCACGACCAGGUACCUCGCGGAGGAGUGGGAGACGGCGAUCGCGAUGCGAAGCUCGAAGAACGAGCUGCAGGAGCAGAGCGCCGCGAUUGCUGAGUUCGGGGAAGAGGAGGAGCAGGAGUGGGAGCAGGAGCAGGAGCCGGAGCAGGAGCCGGAGCAGGAGCAGGAGCGGGAGCAGGAGCAGGAGCAGGAGGGGAAGGACCCUCAGGGGAAGGGCAACAUGGAGGAGAUGAUCAUUGAAGAGGUGAUGGAGCAGCUUCCCAGGCAGGCAGGGAAGAAGAAGGAGGACGCCUUCCGCAUCGGCAGUCCUGGGACGAAGUUGAACCGAGUUGUCUUCAGGAUGAAGCACCAGGAGACCCUGAACCUGAUCUCGCAGGAGCAGAACCCCCUGCUGCUCCUCCACCAGAAAGCUCGAGAGCUCUUCGAGGAGUUUGACGUGACCGAUAGCGGGGACCUGGGGAGGAUCCAGCUGAGCUCGAGCUUGGCGGACUACGGGUACAACAAGGCAGAGUGUGACAUCAUCUUCCAUCUGCUGGAGAAGAACGAGCACGGGCGGGUGAGCUACUCCAGCUUCUUCAAGUCGCUCUGGAUGUUCAGCGAGCACGUGCAGGGCCUGCAGCAGCUGCUGGAGCAGGCAGAGGGCCGCAAAGUGGACGAGAGCGCGCUGAGAAAGAAGAUGGACUACUUGUCGAAGAGGGUCGUCCAUAUCCAGAGGAGGUGGAGGAGGAGGGGGGAGAAGCUGGCGGGGAAGAGGCGGGAGGAGGAGAAGCGAGCGAUGGACGAGGAAGGCGGCGGGGGAGACGGGAAGGGCCUGAGCUCGAGCACUUCCGUCUUCAGCCUCGUCACUAUGGCGCACAAGAACAUUGAGCAGCAGCUAGAGGAGGACAGGAGGAUGUAUCGGCUCGCGCUGCUCACUGCCCGGGAGAAGCUGCUGGCGCAGCGGGACGACAAGAUGAAGAAGGCUGCUACUCAGUUCCAGGAGAAGGUCAAGAAGGCCUGGCCGCCCUCCAUGCGCUUCCUGCAGCGGGUCCUGCCCAUGAAGGAAGCGCAGCUGCUGCUGAGGAGAUGUCACGACCCAUGGGUAGACCCGAUCUUUGCGAGGAAGAAGGUGUGGGUAUGCGAGGAGUGCUGCCGGAGGUACAACACGCAUGCGCUGGAGCUGUUCCGCACCAGCGACCAGGAGGAGGUGGAGGAGCUGCAUGAGAGGAUGCGGCAGCAUGUGGACACGCUCGGGAGGAUCGAGGACGUGCAGGGAGCGCACAUGGUCUCCUUCGCUCGGAGAUUCGUAGUGGAUGAGGAGUCUCUUGCUAGGUUCCCGUCGAGGGAGGAGGCACUCCUCUAUCCCGUCAAGGAGAUCCCCCAAGGUUGUACGCCGAGAUGCUACCGGUCGCUGUCAGACUUCUCGAGUCGAGUGAAGCUUGCUCCUGACAUCAAGACGACCAGGAAAUUCUGGCGGCCCAACGGCGAAGGAAAUUUCUCCCUCCCCCGCACCGAUCGCAUCCUUAAGGUCACUCAGCGAUCCACCAGCUUCUCUCCUCCUCGCUCAAGGGGAGGACAGCACUCUUCUUCCCCUCCUCCUCCCGCCUCCUCCCAGCAGCCUUCCCUGCUGCCAAAGAUCGCAGGGCAGGAGGAGCGGAGGAGAGACGACCUGGCUCCUCCUUCCCGCUGGUUUCAGAUCUCGCUUCCUACCCUGGACCUCCAGCGCUUCUGCACUCCCUCCUCCUCUCAGACCGAACGCUUCAUGCGCAGGACCGUGCGGCUUCCGUCCUCUUCCUCCGUGUCUGCCAGGACAGCGCCGGUGACUCGCCUGCCGAGCAUGGAACGCAUCGAGCACACGUACACAGAGGACGUGAAGGCUGUGAAGAAGAUACUGGUGGAGAAGUUUGAGAGCUUGGAAGCAGCCUUCGAGGAGCUCAAGGGAAGAGGAGCAGGAGCAGGAGCAGGAGCAGGAGCAGGAGCAGGAGCAGCAGGGAUUCCUGUCAGCCAUCUCUACGACAGUCUCCUCAAGCUCGGAGUCCCGGGAGGGCUGGUUCUCUCCUUCAUCCGCCUCCUCUCCUCCGUCUCGCAUGCUCCCGAGAUGUCAAGGCAGACGUUCCUCGGCCUCUUUGAGCACGCGGAAGACAGAGGUCAGAUGGAGGAAGGGGGCGAGGAGGAGGAGGAGGAGGAGGAGAUUCCACGGAGUAGGCAGGAGGGAGGGGAGGAGAAGUCAGCAGUAUAUCCGCAUCCUCCAAAGGAAGCAAGAGCUGGGCAGGGCGACGGGCUGCUGGUGAGGAGCAGGAGGAGGUUCAAGACCGCGUGCAACGUGUACGAGAGCAGGAGGGGGAGGAAGACCAGCGGGGUGCCGAGGGCGAGGAGCGAGAGGAAACGAGCAACCACGUCGAGUGUGAUGGUGGAGAGAAAGAAUCAAGAACAGGACCAGGACCAGGACCAGGACCAGGAAGAGGGACUGGGGCUGGGGCAACAGGAACGACAUGAGCAGGAGGAGAACCAAGAGGAGGAGGAGGAGGGGCAGGAUCAGGGCGAGGAGGAGGAAGAGCAGGAAGGCGAAGCAGAGCAGGAGAAGCGGGUAUUCCCAACAACGACCGAUCUCUCCGAAAACUCGACUGAUGUUGAAAUCAUAGCAGAGAGCUUCUAG